AUCAUGCAAAAAAGCGAAAUAAUAUUAAUGCCAUUGAACCUCACAGGCAGCAAUGAGAUACCAUUAAUCUUGAAAGUUUUCGGAAAAUUAAUUCAACUAAAUCUACGUAAAAAUGACCAAAUUGUAUCGCCCGCGUUUGAAGUAUGGAAAGAUAAUGCAAAAGGUAUCACAGAAAAAAUGUCGCAAUUAAAAGCAUUGGAUUCUUGCUUCUAUUUUCACGAGGAUUACGUCAGCUCUGCAGCCAUCAACUUUUGUCACGAAAAUGGAUUGGAAGGACUCAUUUUUGUAGAAAACAAUACAUUUGAGAUUCGGCCUUUGCGGAGCGAAUUUGCUCCAUUGUCCUUGAUUGACGACUUUUGCAUUAAAGAAGAAAUUAAUCUUUCAUUUGGCAAACCUCAUCUUAUUAAAACAUCGGUACAAUAUUUUGAUGAUUCAAAUCUGUAUUUUUUGAACAAUUUAACACGAAAACGACGUGACGUUCGAAAUACAGAACAAAAAUUAACCAUAGAACUUGCCGUUUUUUUCGACGAAGCAGCAUAUCGCACAUUCAUGCCUCUUCUGGACAACGAUAAGGAAAAGAUACGCUGUAUGAUAUUAGCGUAUGUGAAUCGUAUCCAGGCUGCGUUCCAUCAUCCCAGUUUGGGUGUCACUAUUGAUAUUUCACUAGUACAUUUAGACAUUAUGGAAAACCAGCCGUCACAAUUGCCAGUUGUCGAUUUAGAUUACUUGGAUCUGCUUCGUUCAUUUUGCAAGUACGCACAAACUCUAAAUUCCUCGGACAAAGAUUUGCAUCACUGGGACUUUGGCAUUUACCUAACCGGAAUAGAUCUUUUUAAGUAUGAAAACAUAAAAACUUUGUUAACAUUUAUAAAACGUGUGAAGAAUUAUGACACAAAAGGAGCAGCCGCCGAAGGUACAUGCAUAAAAAUUGGAUCAUGCGCAAUAGCGGAAUUUCGUGCUACAUCUGAAAUCAUAUCAUUGGGUUUAAGAUCAUCUCUCAUUGCUACUCAUGAGAUCGGUCAUCUUUUAGGAUUGACACAUGAUAUAGAUUUAAAACCAGGAAGCAAAUACAAAUACGUCAUGUCAGAGUAUCAUAGGAACGAAAUCCUUAUAGCAUGGUCUGAGAGAAGUCGUAACGAAAUAAAAAAACUCUGGGAAAGAAAAGAAUGUUUUCGAAGCUAUAAGAAACCCAAAAAUCUCAGUGACGCAUAUUUAUUCGAUAGUUCUAUUCGUUACAGUAUACCCGGAAGAGAAGCGACUGCCAAAGCACAAUGUGAAGUAUAUUUACGCGACAAGAAUGCGAACGUAGUCACGUUACAUGAUAUAUGUGAAACUUUACAAUGCGAAGUCCCUCACACGAAUACGUAUUAUUUCACGGGACCCGCGCUGGCUGGAACUUAUUGCGCAUUCGGCAUGGAAUGUCGCGGCGAAAAAUGCGUCCCCGUUAUCGAGCCGCCAUACAAUUUCAAGGAAUGUGAAAAUGACAACUGGAGUGAAUGGAAGGAAGACUCCUGUAAAAACUCCUAUUGCUUGGAAAAAUCCAAAGGCGUACGAGACAAACGACGUUUUUGCAAACACCAGAAUCGCAGAACAGCAAAUUGCAUUGGACCAUAUUACGACGUGGUUUUGUGCGAUGCUUCUUCACUAUGUAGUGGAAAACGCAAGACGGUUGCCGAAUUUGCUGCCACCAAAUGCGACGAAUUCAGCCGUAUCAUGUCUGAACUGGAACUGAAACGGGGUUGGCAGCUAUCUCAUGCAGUGAAUAAACCGUGGAUAGCCUGUACUAUAUAUUGUGCACGAAAGAACUUUUCUACAUAUUUUACGCUUCGCAAGGAAUUGCUCAACUUUGGUAUCGAUCCAUAUUUUCCCGAUGGAACGUGGUGUUACAAAGAAGGUGACCAGGAUUAUUAUUGCCGCUUUCAUCAUUGUCUGCCUGAAAACUACUCAUUGGAAAAAAAUUGGGGGAAACAUUAUCUACGUGUGUAAAUGAAUAUCCAGAAAAACAGAAAUUGCAAAACAUGCUUAAGUCAAUUUAGAAGUUUUCCAAUUUGUUUUGUACCUCACAUUAACCAUUAAUCUUUUGCGAACAAAAAUAAUUUAGUCUUUUUUAAUAAAAUAUAUUUAGAAAAAAUUAAGUAUAUGUAAGAAAGUUUGAUUGAGUUUUAUGAUAGAAAAAUUAAUUAAAUUAUUUUGUUAUACUGGACAAACGAGAGCGUGC